AUGCCUCGUAUCCUUUGUCUCCACGGGCACGGAACCAGUGCCUCAAUCUUCAAAUCCCAAACGGCCGCGUUUCGGUCCAAGCUCGAUGAUAGUUAUGUCUUCGAGUUCAUCAACGCCCCAUUCACUAGCCAGGGCGCACCCGCAAUAAGCAUCAUCUACAAGACUCAAACAUACACAUGGUGGCCUCAGGGCACGCCCGAGUCAAUCCGUUUCGCCCACAAAUGGGUAUCCGACUAUGCUCGCGAAAACGGACCCUAUGAUGCUUUCUGCUGCUUCUCGCAGGGAUGUUCCCUCACUGCAACUAUGGCACUCUACCAUGCCAUGAACAGCGAUCAGCCCGAUCUGGAACCGCUCCCAUUCCGUGCAGCCAUCUUCAUAUGUGGUGGCGUCCCCUUACCAGCUCUCGAAGAUAUGGGUCUAGAGGUUUCGCCUCGCGCGCAUGAAGUCAAUCGGUAUACGGGAGCCUUGCUGAAUGAGACAGCUGGGCGGUUGGCAGUGCUAGCUGAGAAUCUGUAUUUGAUCAAUCGUGGUUUGGGGCUGUGGGAAUACGCUGCAGAUCGCAAUCUGCAUAACCCUGAGUUUAGGCCGGAGCGUAGCGAUGUCUUUGGACUUGAUUUCACCAAGUUUCCAGAGAAUGCACGCAUCAAAAUCCCCACUGUGAAUAUAUAUGGUUCGAAGGAUCCCAGGUGGCCGGCUGGUAUUCAGUUGGCGGAAUUCUGUGAUGACACUGUGGAGUUUGAUCAUGGUGGCGGGCAUGAUAUCCCUCGUUCCACGGAGGUUUCGAACAAGAUUGCCGAUAUGAUUAGACAGGUUAUAGAGAGAGUCCAAGUACCGAGUAAAAAGGUUACGGAGCAGGUGGUACUGAAGGGGCUAUCGGACUUGAAGGUUGAGUAUGCCACCAUCAGUGUAAAUGCGCUAUAA